AUGGUCAUGUUAUCCGAUCGACCACCCUCUCAAUCCGACAGACCACAUCAGCAUCCUCGAGAUAGCUACAAUCAGCCACACCCAUCUCGAGAGAAACGUCCGCCAUCGAUCUUUCAGUCCCAUCACCCCUCAAAUGCUAGCAAGAGUAAACCCGCACGCGCCGCCGUCCCCUUCAAUCGACUCCAAUUGGCUGCCGCCCUGAUCGAAUACAACGACGGCACUCCAGACAAUCAGGCCAGCGGAAUAGAUUGGUCUCUUCAAGAGCUUAUCUCCGCACCCCUAUCAAAUCUCAAGCAAGCGCCCUAUUCGGCUAUUUUUAUCCCAUUCCGUCAAAGCCUUCCCUCCAAGCCGCUCGACUUCUUCUCCGGUCUGGAAUUACUUUCUUCCCCCAAGUCGCCUGCUGGCAAAAGCUUGAGUGGCUUUGGGAUCGUCUCAGAGACUGGCGCUUCGAGGCUGGCCACAACAGUCCCGGGUAACCCCCGAAGGAUUUCUGAACCAGUAAUAAUCGAAGAUGCACAAGCCACUGGUUCCAGAUCUGGAAUCGAUCCGUUCGAUAAUGAUGUUGAAGUUCUCUCUGAAUGGGGAUUAGAUAAGGUACUCUCUGGCAACUUAGGAGCUGCGAAAUCACCGGAUAGCGCUCAUGAACUCAAAACGCAGCCUAGGACUGGUCACGUACCUGAAAAUCUUGCUGAUCGUCAUCAAGUCAAAUCGGAUAUGUUCGACUUCCAUUUCUCAGAGCUUAGACUUCAGACCGCGGACGAGCAAAAAGCCGGAAAAUCGCUAACCCCCGAUUUCUUUGAUGAUAACAACAACCCUGACGAACUGAAUCCAGUGAUUGAUGACGAAGCUAUGCUCCGCCAGAGGUUCGGAUGCGACCCAGAAGGCAGGAAGUUGUUGCGCCCGCAAUCAGUAAUGGAAUUAAAAGAGACCCGCCUGCGAUGUCGACAGACCAAAUCAUCAACAACCAAGCAACUUGCCGCUCUCCGCGGUCGGGCACCUCUAACUACUCAACAAGCCGCUUUUCAAAUUAACCCCAAUGACCCUCUCCGCAUGGAUAAAAGAAAGUCCGUACUACGCACCAAGUCACUCUCCCCAACCAGGGCUGUUGGUCGAGCUUCGAUGAGCGCUUUGAGGUCCACGAGCUCCAAAAACGUACCGACACGCCAGCACUCGGCGUCUGGUGCCAUCCAGACUCUUGGAAAUCCGUCAGUCGAUAUGUUACCGGCUCGGGGAAGGGCGAAAAGUGUUCUUGAUGAACCGUCCAACCGUCGGUUCAGUCUCAACCCCCUCCAAGGUGUUCUCGUCAAGCGGUUACACCACCGGGGCAAGUCUGCCACCAGCAUGACCAAUCCGUCUCUCACCGACGUCGAGCCAGUCAGAGCGAAAAAGGCGUCGGCUAACUCCGAGAUUGACACCGACAGUAUCUCCGGCCCGAUUUCCCCCAACCCGGGCGGUCCGAAUUCGAUUUCUGAGCCCAAACCGAAAGGCAGGACAUCGGCCGAUAUCGCUGAACGGUACCAGAAGUCAAUUGCUAUGCUCGAGGGGCGGAAGAGCGAGGACAUGACCUACGAUGUCCCAAAUCCACUUAGCUCUUCUUUGAGUGGAUCCCAGGCGGGCAAAGACGCUGAAGGGACUACCAGGGAUCACCAGACUACCUUGCUUAAUCAAGUUGGAUCGAAUGCCCACAGCCAACAGGGCAGCGAAUUCUCGCUCGGAGUUCCUAAACAGUUCACGAGUCGAUUUGAUCCUAAAGUCGCAUCGGUACUUUCUCAAGCAACGCCUACAGGCAUGAGUCUUCACGACGAUUCGGAAGCAUUCGAAAACCGCUCUCUUCGUGAUGAUGAGCAGGAUGAAGAUGAUGGCGAGAAUGAAUUAGAAGUAAAUGAUGACAGAGAUAGCGCAACUGAGACGCAUAUAUAUGAUGAACAUGGACGAAUCAGAUUUCCUGCUUCUCUUAAGCCGCUAGUUCUGAUCAUGCCGAUCCCACUUACGCCAGCUCAGCCGGAACCCGAAGAGGUUCAGGAACCCGACGUGGAAAUGGCUGCCGCGGAUGAAGCGGCUCUGGCUGAGCAAGCCAAACUCGAGGAAAUUCAAAGAUUGAAAAAUGUUAGGCCGGCCGGUAAACUCUACGGAAGAAGCUUGAUAGAUGAAUUAAACUCGAGGAAGGGCACCCAAAAAGCCAAGCAAAUGGCUUUUGGAGCGAACCCUUCAGCCAAAGUGUUUAAUCAGCAUCUCUCACCAGAGGACGCUAGUCGACCAGGCUCGAUCUACUCGGCAGUUGAUGUCGUCCCUGAAGUCCGGGUAACGCUUCCACACAGCUCGAGUUCGCCCAUGCAUUUGGCCAAUCAAGCCUUGCAAACAACCCAAUCAAAAUUCAGUCAGGCUUUAAUCGACUCAUCCAAAGCUCGCAAGAGUGUGUUUGGAAUGGACAUGGUUAUGAAAGCUGAACUCGAAAAAUUGAAGAAGAUCAAGGCGAGAGAAGAGCAGGAACUCAGGGAGGAAGAGUCGAAGACGGAAGCUAAAGAGGCGAAGAAACAGGCGAAGAAGAAAGGCAAAAAGAAAGGUGCCGAUGAAGAGGUCAAAAAUGAUGAGUCUAAGGAUCGGAUUACCAACCGCUUAUCGCGCAUGGACAAUGUCAACAAUCGCCUAUCUCGCCUGGACAAUUGGGAUGCGCUACUGGAGAGAGAAACUGAACCACCUCCAAUUCCUGAGCCAAGAGCGCCGAUCCCUCUCCCUGUCCUGCUCUCGCCCAUGAAUCCGAGUGAAAACAUGGUCAGUAAUAUGAACGACUGGUUCAAGGACAAAGCAAACGAAUCAUCGCUAGGCCAUACGCCAAUCAUGCCGCCCUCGUUGGAUCUUGAAGAUCUUGAAGAUGAUGUUGGAUUCGGAAACGCGGAUACCUUGGCUCGUAAACUUGAGAUGCAAGUUGAAGGGAUGAAGUAUAAGCCUUUGCCGAAUCUUUUCGAGAGCCAUAACAUGGUUCGUCCCAACAGCGUCCAAAGUCAAGCCGCCUUUUUAUCCCUUGGAACUCGAGGCAAUACCCCCAACCUUCUGAUGACAAGUCCCCGCGUGCCCGGAAGCGAAGAUCACGAGGAGGGAGAGGAAUUGCUACUGAACUCGACUGCGGAAAAUUGCCGCCAAUCUUACCUGCUCCAAACCGACUUGCAACCACAUGAAGAGCAAGACGAUAACGUGCCUCUUUCAUACCGUCGGAAGUCCAAUUUUCUUAAGGUUGGCGUUGACCCCGAAGAGGAAGACAACCGGCCACUUUCGCACAUUGGAGCCAAACUUACGACUGGAUCGGCCCAUUUAUCGGCACGAUCGCCGAUUCGAUCGGCCUCUUCUCAGGAGUCCGAUGAGGAACUUCCAUUGGGUAUCCGGGCUUCGAUCCUGCUCUCCAAACAGCAUCCACCGAUCGAUCUCACCAACGAUGGCGCAUCAUCUGAGGGCCCAAUUGGCUCUGUCGCAUCUGAUGAAAGCGAUAUGGUACCAUUAGGCAUUCGAGCCUCAACCUUCCUUUCCAUGCCGUCCGAGGCCGCACGUCCGUCGAAAGAGAGCUCAUCAUCCCAUGGAGACGAUGUUCCGUUGGCAUAUCGUGCAUCAAGGAUGCCAAUGAGCAUUUACGCGUUACAAGAGAAACACUCCGGGCCUAUGGAGACAUUGCGUGCGAAAUCCCGCGACCUUCAUCCACCCUCAACCUUGGACCCGUCAUUCUCAUUUCCCAGUCAAGCCGCUGCGUUCAACAAUCCCUACCAAACCACGCCUUCGAGACUCUUUUCCAGCCAGAACUCAGAUCAUGGUCCACGAAUCACCACGAUCGAGGAUGAUGGGGACGAGGACGACAACGUUCCACUGGCGCAGCGGGCAUCGUUCUUACCGCCUGUAGUGGCCGUAGACGUCAAAGGUGGCUCGCAAGGACUCGAUAUGGACCCCGAUACUAGCCAGAAGAUCGUUGUGACUCCAUCGGAAAGCGAGCGGCCUAGGUUCGUGUUUCCAGACCGAUCGACCGACCAAAAGCGCGAGCCGGCCAAAUUACGCAGUCCGAUCCUAAGCCAAGUGGUUGACGAGAGUCUGGCAAGAGAAGACACCCUCGCAGCCUUGGAGGGGCGUGGAAACGUGGAAGCUCAUGCCGAUGAUGACGUACCACUUGGCGUCACUCGCGCCGCUCACUCCUCCACCGGCACCCUCCAACGUGAACGGACUAUGAUCAAGAGACAGAAGGAAAGGGAACGCAAGCUCGAGGCUGCUAAAGCCAAGGCCGAAUUCGAAGCCUUGACAAACGCUCAAAAAGGGCAAGGGACCAGCACUCAAGACGAGCUGCAUCCUCAACAAGCAGCAGAAGUAGACGAGGAUGAUGAUGACGAUGAUGAUGUCCCGUUGGGAAUGAACCCACAUGCGUCGGUGAUGAACUUCGCAUCCAAAGCCAAUGAUGUUAAUGACGACGAAGAAGAAGACGAUGUUCCAUUAGGAUUCAGCCGGCACGCAUCGGUGAUGAAUCCGCAAGAGGCGAUGAUGCGCACGCUAGUGGAGCAGCAGAACGCGGCCUUCGGCUUCCCGCCGGCGGGCCCCAGCCACCCGACCGCCCAUUUCCCAAAUCACAUGUCCAUGAUCAUGUAUCCUCCUACCCCGUACCUCUCGCAUCCUGUCCCUGGCAACCAGUCCAUCGACCCCACUCAACCCCCUUUCUUCCAGCAACCGUAUCAGAUCCAUAGUCAGCAACAACAACUUCUUCAGCACCAGCAGCAGCAGCAGGGUCAUCUCGUCGACGCCGGGGGCUCGGCUCCGGACUCGUCUACCAUCAGUAGAUGGAGACAGGACAUCCAAUAA